CUUCCCUCUACCUCCCCUCACCAAUCUCACCAACCUCCUCUCCCCUCCUCGCCUUGCGCAUCAGCGCUCUGCAAACUUGGCGAUCCGUGAAUCGCUGCAUUGAGACGCGAAAUCCCCAUUCCCCCUCAUGGACUUCACGUUGCACCCCGACGCUCGCGAAGUUUGAAACCUUUCUCCAAGCUCUCAAACCAGGUCAGGAGGGGGACGAUGAGGUUCGGCUUGGAUAAACCUGGCGCACUCCCACUCCUCGCGUUGAUUGUGUUCUCGCUGCUCACAUUGGUGCCAUCGCUGUCGAAUAUUUACAACCUCAAGUUCGCCGACUUCAGCUUCUACCCCGGUACAUCUCGCCAGGUCCCCCUUCUUCAAGAUGGAGCUACCGAAAUACCCCCGAAAGCACACUCCGUAAACGACCCUCGGAAACCAUGGGUUCCCGCUGGGCCCCAUCGUUCGCGUGUGAACCUCCACUCGCGCACCUCGCGCAUAGGAGGUGCUGCUGCAAUUCCAGCUAGCGAGACGACAGCCGUGGCGAACAAAAGUCGAAUUUCCUCGAUCGCCCGCGAAUCAUCAUUCUCAUUUAGUCGGAGAGCCCGCGCAUUCAGAACCUAUUUCAUCCAACAAUUAGACGACUACCCAUUCCUCGCCCCCUUCUCCAACCGCUCAUCAGCGGCCUCCGCGAACGCAUACCCGACCAUCACCCUGAAUGAACCCACUCCCCCGACUCCCAAUAUAGAUCAUACCUCCACGACAUCCUCAUCUAAUCAUUCAACUUCAUACAAUAUGCACGAAACAGGGCUGCAGCUCCCUGGGUCCCUCCGGAAGGUGUGUCAGCAGGCCUGCCACACCGCAGUUGAGUUCGGAAAGCGAUUGGCGCUUUCCGGGGCAGAGUAUGCAAAAUCCAUAUUCCACGUGGACGAACAGAAAGACGUCCCGACAACAUUAAUACGCCAUCCCACCCCCUGUCCCGCCCAACCGGAAGACCAAUCAAAUCCGCCCCCUGCCCCAGCCCAGCAAAAAGUUGGUGCUGAGGAAGCCACCGAUGCUGCCGCUGGUCGGCACUCGCAGGAGCUCCAUGGGAGCUGUAUGGCUGUGGUGAUUGGUCUUGUGGCAGGAAUCAUGUGGUUCUAGCACGGGGCUGUUUUGGUUACUGCUAUUUUCAUCUAUGUCCCUUGAUACGUGUGAUGAUCUUUUUCUGUCUUAUUGGGAUUGGCGUAUACUGUCAGAUAUACACUUGGUUGGUGGCUCUGGUUUAGCCUCCGGUUGGAUACUAUUAAUCGAAUUUACCAUUUUCAUUUA